CUCUCUAUCUCCUCAAGUUGAAAAACCCAUGAGCUGCCGCUAAAACCUCACAGUGCGGAAAACUCACACACUCACUUUCUCUCUCCACCUCCCACUUUCCUCUCCACAGAUUGUCGAUUUGCAGUGAACCCAUACCCCUUUCAUCUGCGCCGGAAAAAUUAUACAACAAGUCAGAUGAUCAGGAAUCGACAAUGAAUACUAAAGUAACCUCCAGAGACAUUCAGGAGAUCAUCACCAAACUCACCUCCGACAAGGCCAAACCUCGAGAUGAAGGGAUAAAAUUGUUGAAUACAUGGCUAGGGGGCGAGAGGUCUAUUGGAUUUUGUAGAUUUUUGUCCGAUAGAUCUUCGAUGCUUGAACCUAAUGAAAUUCCACACUCUGAAAGCUGGCCAUUUCUAGUCAAAAUUUUAAUACAAUGUUUGUCACUGGAGAUCUCCUCAAGCAAGAAGAGGUUGCCGAAGCUGAAUUUUGCAAAGACUCUUAGGAUUGUCGUGCAACGAGCUGAAGAUGAUAGAUUUUCUGGAAAGAAUUUUCCGCUCUUACCUGUGGCUAGGGUACUUUUCAACCACGUGUGGGAUGUCCUUAAAGAUGUUCCAAGCUUUCAAUCUGAAUAUAGUGUUAUCCUUCGUCAUCUUUUGGCAGUCACGGAAUACAGAUUUCACAUUCGGAAACGAGUAUAUUCUAAUCUCGUACUUAUAUACAUGGAAAAGGUGGAAGCAAGCCUGAGCAAUGAAAACAUCGGGCAAUUAAACCCUAAGGAGGAAGUUUUCCGCUUCACCUUGACACUUCAAUCACUUCUUGAAAACCCACCCGGAGAUAUUCCCGACGAGCUGCGAGAAGAUAUGGUUAAAGGUUUUGUUGGAAUUUUUCUCAUGUAA